AUGGGGGGAAAGGCUGCUGUGAACCGUCCGAUGGAUCCCCAGCAGCGGGAUGCGGACAUUAGCACCAAGUUGCAACUAUAUGGCAUCUACAGUGCUUUUGCCAAUGGCAAACUCCCAUCGAACAAGCAGUGCGAUGUCGCCUUGAACAGCGCUGUCAAUUCGAAAUGGCUCGCUUCUCCGUCAAAACAAUUGUCCCUGGACGGCCAGACCCUGGUCAAGGAUCUGCGUGACGUCAUUGACAAAUCGAAACUCCUCUUCCUCACCAAGAACGAGGGCGAGCUUUUGCAAGAGUUUAUUUGGGAGGCACAGCACAUCACCGGCGAGGACUUUCAGAAAAUUAGUGGUCCCGUCGACAAGGAUUUUGCUCGUCAGGAUGCCGACAAAGCUGCCGAGGGUUUCAGAACCCUGGGCACUUUGUUGAUAACUAAUGGCGAAUUCCGCAAGUUGUAUAUUAAUUGCCCAUUGCUGCAUUAUACAACCAAGGCCGCGAGCAAACUUCGGCCAGACGAAGAUGCUCUUGCACAGAUCGAUCAACCCGCCGAAGAAAAUGUCUGGCAUGACAAGCCCGACACCGGUGCCCUCAAGGCCCAGUUUAAAGAGAAAGGUGGGCGAUUUAAGCCUGGUAACAAGCAAGACAUUAGUGAAGCUGCAAAUGCCGCCGCUGCUGCUGGUAAGGGAGGCCGGGAAGAUGCCCCAGUCUCUGAGCUUGAUGCACGUGCUGGUGCUUCUGCUGCACAGGAGAGACUUCAACAGUCUGCCAACCGCAAUGUACCCCCUGAAGAACGUGAGCAGGGCCAGCAGGCUACAAAUCAAGCACAAGACUACACUAGACGAACCCAAGAAUUUCUAGCAUCGAAAAUGCCCAAAGAACGUCGGGACCAGGUCGUAUGGCGUCUGAAGAAAAUGAUCGUUGAGAUUCAAGGUCACUCUGAUUACCAGCAAGCUAUUGAGACUCUUCUUCGCUUGGCUGAGACAUACGCCGGUCAUGGGAGGGAUCUUACCCAGCAGGGCUCCGCAGCCACCAGAGGCGCCAGCAGUAAUACAAAUCUCCAGAGAGCCGGAACUAAGUUGAGGACUCUAAUUGAGAGAUUUGCGAAUAGCACGUCGACCCAUGAUUUCUUUGACUCACUGAACACUAUCUACCGCGACGCGGACCAGGACCCGCGCCUGAAAGACUGGUUCAGGGGUGUUGAUAAUUAUACUCGGAAAUGCUUGCGUGAGCAGGGAUACAUCAUGCAGGACUCUGCUACCGAUGCCUGGAACAGGCUGUAUGACGAGGGCCGUUUCUUGCUCCGAGACCGCUACAGAAGCCACACUGACCGUAUAGCGGAUGAAGCCAAGUUCCUGGCGUCCCAGUUUGACGAGGACCCCCAAAACAGAGCCUUCCGUCAGUCUUUGGAGAAACUAUUCAAGGACCUUGGCCAAGACCAGUAUGGAAAGCCAGUGUUCAAGCCUCAUUUGAUCAAAGACAUUAGCAAUGUGAUUAUUCCUGAAAUUCUGGAAAAUUUCCGCUAUGUUCCUAUCCCACGAAUUGAAGUGUCCGAUCCUACCGUUGAUAUUGUCGUCGAGAAUCUGGUGAUUGAGAGUGAUAACUUCAUGCCCAAUGUCCUCGAGUUUAGCACUGAUAACUAUUGGCGUUGGGGUCGCAAGAGUAUCAGCAGCAAGGACGAUCAUAAGAUCAUGGUAUCUGGAUCUGGAAUCCAAGCUGAUGUCAGAGAUGUCAACUACUACAUAAAGAAGAAACAAGGAUUCCCAUCGCUCACAGAUACUGGUGUCAUGGACGUCCUUCUUGGUGGCCAGGGAUUCACUUUCAGACUUGCUGCUUCCAAGGCGCAAGAGAAUGACCGCAGCAACGUAUUCAAGCUUGAUAGCGUCAAAGUGAACGUAAAGAAUCUCGACAUCAAACUAAAAAAAUCCAAGCACAAGAUUUUGUUCAACAUCUUCAAGCCUAUGCUUUUCGGCAUAGUCCGCCCCGCUAUCGAGAAGGUGAUAGAGAGUCAGAUUCGCGAUGCGUUCCAAAAGGCCGAUGCCUUGGCAUAUCAGAUACAGAGAGAGGCUCAACGGGCCCAGCAAGCAGCUCGUGAAGACCCGGAGAAUGCGAAGAGCAUAUUUGCUCGCUACGUCGACGCUGGUCGACACGUCAUGACCCAGAAGAAGCAGCAGGCCGAGGCAGUUGCUCAACGGGGAACCAAGGUUCAAUUAGCAAUGACCUACCGUGAUACCCUCUUCCAAGACAUCAAAAUGCCGGGCGGUGUUACCAACAAGGCUACGGAGUAUAAAGAGCUCUCUGGCAAGGGCGAGCGCUGGCAAUCCCCUGUUUUCAACUGGGGUGGUGCUUCGCCAUCAAGCAACUUGCCUAGAGUUGCUCAAGUUACUCGCAAGCCUCACACGACUGCCGAGGGUCGCCUACGUGAGUCUCACACGAACGGCGCCAAUGGUGAGAGUCACGGCGCCAAUGGACAUGCUUUAUCGCCGACUAAUGGUGCAACCAAUGGGCGUGCUUUAUCGCCGACUAAUGGUGCAACCAAUGGGCAUGCUUUAUUGUCGACUAAUGGUGUAACCAACGGGGAUGCCACUACCAACGGCAGUUUCAAGAGGGAAGUCGAUCGCGCGUUGGACGUUGGCGUGACAGCUCCUACCCUUGGUGCUGGAUCAGCUUAA